ACAGGAUGCUGUGGCUGCAAGCUGUUCUGCUGAUACUUGCCCAGUCCAGUUAUGGCCAGGACAUGACAACCGAAGGCACUGAAGUCCUGCAUCCCCCGCCCAAAGGGUCCUGCCCAGGUUGGAUGGCAGGCAUCCCCGGGCAUCCUGGCCACAACGGGGCCCCGGGCCGUGAUGGCAGAGAUGGAACCCCUGGUGAGAAGGGUGAGAAAGGAGAUCCAGGUCUUGUUGGUCCUAAGGGUGACACUGGUGAUGGUGGAGUAACUGGGAAUGAAGGUCCCCGAGGCUUUCCAGGAGUCCCAGGCCGGAAAGGAGAACCUGGAGAAAGUGCCCAUGUGUACCGCUCAGCAUUCAGCGUGGGACUGAGUAAUCAGGGUACUGUCCCCAAUGUUCCCAUUCGCUUUACCAAGAUUUUCUACAAUCAACAAAACCACUAUGAUAGCACCACUGGCAAAUUCCACUGCAACAUUCCCGGGUUAUAUUACUUCUCCUACCACAUCACAGUCUACCUGAAAGACAUGAAGGUCAGCCUCUUCAAGAAGGACAAGGCUAUGCUCUUCACCUAUGACCAGUACCAGGAAAAGGACUUAGAUCAGGCUUCUGGCUCUGUGCUCCUCCAUCUGGAGAUGGGCGAUGAAGUCUGGCUCCAGGUGUAUGGGGAUGGAGAACAUAACGGGCUCUACGCAGAUAAUGUCAACGACUCCACCUUCACAGGCUUCCUUCUUUACCAUGACACCAACUGAUCCCCACUGACUCACAGCCUCCACCAGACCAAAUAGCCCAGAAUCAAUCAAAUAAUAGUCUG